AUGGAGGUAGCUGGAAGCGCAAAUACAACAAGCGACUGUGAGACUUAUGCUGCCGAUUAUUCGAAUCUUCAGACGUUGGAGCAAAGUACACCAAGUACGCCAACAGAAAAUUCAAGAUUUCCGGAAAGUACGGGAGGUUUGCAAUCAAGGCUGCAGUACAUGCAUCCAUUUUCCGGUAUAUAUACUCCGCCUGUGCUUCCUCUUUUGUCGCCUUUCGUGCCUCUUCGUAAGUUCCUGCAGUCUUAUUGUUAA